CUUAAAAUCGCACCUCUUUUUCUUUGCACCCAGUGAGAUGGUGCCCUCCAUGUUAACUAGCAAUCCAUCAAGACCUGUCCCUUAGUGAGCCGCGAUUGGUUGUCAGCAUCUCAUUUAUACGCCGUCAAUCUGCAUCACAUGGAUAAGUAACUAUUGACUCCGAACGGCAGGACAAGUUUGGCAGAAGAGUUCGCGGCAGUUUGCGUGAACGCUGUGCCUUUUGCGUUGGUGGAGUUGCCUCGGGGAUUGUUUGUGUGCUUCCUGUUUUUUUUUGUUACCUUUUCCGUUUCUAGCUUGUUGGGCUGAAUGUAUGGGAUGAUGGAAGCCGAGCUGAAGCCGGUUGGGCCCCAGUCCAACGCGGGGACAGUCGGCAACUCGGCGCCGGGAAGCACGGGCAAGAGCGGCAACAACAACCCGGACCGGGUGAAGAGACCCAUGAACGCUUUCAUGGUCUGGUCGCGGGGCCAACGCCGAAAAAUGGCCCAAGAAAACCCUAAAAUGCACAACUCCGAGAUCAGCAAGAGGCUUGGUGCGGACUGGAAACUUCUGUCGGACUCGGAGAAGCGGCCGUUCAUCGACGAGGCGAAACGCCUGCGAGCUUUACACAUGAAGGAACACCCGGAUUACAAAUACCGGCCCAGGCGCAAAACCAAAACCCUGAUGAAGAAAGACAAGUACUCUCUGCCCAGCGGCAUCCUGAGCCCGGGUUCUGUCCCGAUCAACAGCGGCGUGGGGGUGAGUCAGAGAAUAGACAGUUACCCCCACAUGAACGGUUGGGCCAACGGGACUUACCCACUGAUGCAAGACCAGUUGACAUACUCGCAACACCCGGGCAUGAGCAGUCCGCAGUUACAGCAGAUGCAUCGUUACGAGAUGGCGAGUCUUCAGUACAGUCCCAUGAUGUCUACCGCUCAGAGUUACAUGAACGCGGCGACCACCUACAGUAUGUCCCCAGUCUACGGUCAACAAAGUACCCCGGGCAUGGCCCUCGGUUCCAUGAGCUCCAUGGUGAAGACUGAACCCACCACACCUCCGCCGCUAACGUCCCACUCUCGGGGGGCUUGCCUGGGCGACCUGCGGGAUAUGAUCAGCAUGUAUCUCCCACCCGGAGGAGAAGGGGACCCUUCUUCCCAGAACAGCAGACUUCACAGUGUCCACCAGCACUAUCAGAGUGCGGCGAUAGCGGGCACAGGGGUCAAUGGAACAGUUCCUCUAACCCAUAUCUAACAGCAAUUAAACCACCAGAACAAAUCGCCAUCUCCACUAACUUUUGGCAUUCGAGCAAAAUAAAAAGGAGAGAGCAAAUAAUUUGAUCACGCUUGCCCAUCAGACUGAAUUUGUGUGUGUGUGUGUGUGUGUGUGAGCGAUACCUUGGAGAUGAUCUCCGCAACGUAUAACUUGUUAAAAAUCAUCAUCAACAACAACAACAUUGGUUUCUAAAUGCUGAAGUUGAUCACUUUUCGCGCCAGUUGGGACAAUCAUCUGUUCUGCAUGAACGAGGCUCCCUUUUUAGAUGCCAAGUUUUAUGUGAAAAAGAAGAGGCCUUCCCGAAACUUUCGAUGGCUUCAAAUAUUAACUGUAACAUCCAGAGGAAACCUUUUUUGGAAUUGUCUAAUUUGUGUACAUGUAAAUAACUGUUCAAUAAUGUGACACCAGACUUGGUUUCAGAAUUAUAUCUUGUAGGGUUUGUGUUUUAACCUCCUCGCCUUCCCCUUCCCCACUCCCUUCGUUUUUAGCUUUUUGAACGACUGCGGGGUCGCAACGCAAGUUUUAAUUUAUAGUAUCUUUUUGUUUACACUACUUGAUGCUUGUGAACAUUUUAAACCUCUAUCUGGACCCUCCGACCCUGUCGUCUCUGGAUUUGUGAAUUUAUGGGUGGAGCGUUCUACCAUAUUGGUUGAGUAACUAUAUUGAACAAGCAGAUAUACUAGUUUACUAAUAAGGCUUCUUGUGUUUUUAAACUCUGGCUCCUGGUCCUGAAAUGAGGAUGAAUAAAUUUUUACAAAAAUCACACGACCCAAAUGUUUUGCGGUUCCUAUUCAAAGUAGGACUGUCGGUGAGUCUUUGCCACGAUUAACUGUUUAUAUUAAUCUAGAGGGAUCUUUUGAAACGCAUUAAAUGUUUCCUGGUUAUAACUUGAAUUACUCGAGGGCUGGAGUUAUAAUUGAAUUGGUGCUAUUUCUUCAGGUGUAGUACUACGGGCCUCUAAAACAUUUCCCUUUGAAACGUGUUUGCCAAAGAACCUGUUGGUUUUUUUUGGAGAAGUCACAAUGGGAGAUUUGUUUGCGUUUGAUCGGGCGAUUCUCACUCUCCGUAACUAGCUGAUAAUGAGCACUAACAAUCUCCAAAAAUCGCUUAAAGUUUCCCUCGUUACUUGGGCUGCGAUCAAUAAAAGGUUCGAGCGGUUUGCACGAUAAUUUUGAUGAGAUAGGCAGGUUGUCCCUGAUUAGACCCGAGUUACAGCUGGCUGGCGGUGUGACUAGGAAGGCACAGUUUUUAAUGCGUUACCCACACCCUUCCAAAACAAACCUAGCCGCGACACUGGGGGCAAAACUCAGUCCAACAAGUGUUUCACGAGCCGGGCUUUUAUUGGCGUAAUUUAACACUUUCUGGGAGAAUAUUUGUGAGUGUUGUGAACACUUCCCCAGAGAUAGAGCUGGGUGAUUUAAGAGAGGGAGCGUUUUAUAAAGAGCGCACCGUCCUCGUGGGAUUUAAUUUUUUUUUUAAUCUAUAAACCCCGGGCACUGGUUAGCAGUGAUUUCCCCUGUGCUUUUCUUCCCCUCCUUUUUGCCUGGGUAUGCUGCCAUUCUGCCUCUUAAAACGCUCGGUUACAGUCUCCAAUUUUCCUCAGCUGUCGGUGUUAUAUUGAACCAUGAGAGAGAGAGAGAGAGAGAGAAAUCUGAUAAUUUUACAUGUAAAGCCCGAAAAUACACUUGCCCGCGGCAUUGGUUACCCAACCAGUAUCGUGCAAGCAAUCGCUGUCCGCCACAAGUGACCACAGUAAACUGCGCAGAGAACAGGUUGCCUAUAGUUUCUGACCACUUGUAACGUGUAAAAAUGAAGACAAACUCGUGACAUUAAUACAGGAUUUAUACUGAGUUUUGAGAUUGGUGUCGGAUGAUAUUAAGGACUCUUAUUAACCCCUGAAGUUUUAUUUUUUUAACGAACAAAACUUUUCAUCUUCCAGUCCACUUUAUUUGAAGAUAGUUUUUUUUUAAAUAAACUGUACCCACCACGCUUAAAGCAAGGAGAGGAAGGUGUCGUUUGCAAUUUUGGGUCACCUGCGCAGAAAUGUACUAUGGUCGGCUCGAUUGCCCUCGGCCGACUGCUCAUCGGUCUAAAUUUAUUGCCCCAGAUUGGGUUGGAAAUUGUGUGGUUUAUUCUCUGGAGGUUGCAACUCUUUGCUAGCCGCGCUCAGGAGCAGGUGCUUUUGAACGACUUCUGCAAGUGUGGGCAAACUCGUUCGCUUAGCCGCGAUUGAAGAGUGAAUUAAUUGUGAGGCCAGAAUUUGUAGAGCAGUGUAGGGCGAGCUUUGCCUCGGUCAGAGGCAGCGGAAAAGUUUUCCCCCCGUGAAAUACGUAAACCUCUAACUCUACAAGUACUGAGGUGAAGGCGGAGGGUGGACCGUGUAGGUUAGUCGGCUUCAUUUAAAAUCUUUAAAUCUCUUUCAUUUAAA